CUGCGUGUGGGAGGGCGGGCGCGCGGCUCUGUUUUUAGUAGUACCGCAAAGAGCGCGGCGAGAGUGCGCGCUGAGGGGAGCGGGGCUGAGGCGAGCCGCGGCGGGGAGCCAGGCUGGCCAUGGCUGUCUCCGCGCCGCCCGUCAUCGCCGCAACUUCCAGCGGCGGCGCGGGGGGUUCGGCGGGUUUGUUCCGGGCGGACCCGCUGUACUCCAGCCCCGCGGAGUCCCCGCGCCUCACCAACAGCCUCGUCAACAGUUUCCUCUCCGCCGGCGGCGGCGGCGGUGGCGGCGGCGGGGCCGGCGCGGGCGGCGGCGGCGGGGGCGGCGGCAACGAGUGUAAGAUGGUCGACCUGCACGGGGUGAAGGUAGCCUCGUUCCUCGUGGAGGGGCAGGAGCUGAUCUGCCUGCCGCAGGUCUUUGAUCUCUUCCUCAAGCACCUGGUGGGAGGGCUGCACACGGUCUACACCAAGCUGAAGCGGCUGGAUAUAUCGCCCGUGGUGUGCACGGUGGAGCAGGUCCGCAUCCUGCGGGGGCUGGGGGCCAUCCAGCCCGGCGUCAACCGCUGCAAGCUCAUCACCAGGAAGGACUUCGAAACUUUGUACAACGACUGCACCAACGCGAGCUCACGACCAGGAAGACCCCCCAAGCGUUCACUAGGAGUUGCGAUACAAGAAAAUGCACGUCUUCUGCCCCAUGGAGUUCCAGGCCUCUUAUCACCAGGACUUAUCUCUCCGACAGGUCUGACAGCGGCUGCCAUGGCAGAGGCUAUGAAGUUACAGAAAAUGAAACUUAUGGCAAUGAAUAGCCUUCAUGGAAGUGGAAGUCAAAAUGGAACAGAAUCAGAAAAUGAAGAGCUCAAUUCUAAUGCAGGUGGGAGUGAAUCCUCCUGGGACAAAGACAAGCUUCAGUCUCCCAUUACAACGGGAUCACAGCAUAGCAUUGGUCAUCCCACACUAUCAGGGCAGUCGAGCCUUGGAAGUGCGCACCCACUCAGUCCUCUCCAGCAGAAUCACCUGCUCACCAACAGGAUAGACCUGCCGUUUAUGAUGAUGCCCCACCCUCUGCUUCCCGUCAGCCUACCUCCCGCUUCGGUCGCAAUGGCAAUGAAUCAGAUGAACCACCUCAAUACAAUAGCUAACAUGGCUGCAGCAGCCCAAAUGCACAGUCCUCUUUCCAGGGCAGGGGCCUCUGUUAUAAAGGAAAGGAUUCAAGACAGCCCUUCUCCAGCUCCGUCUCUAGAAGACAGUCAGCGGCCUGGGAGCCACGCUUCCUCCCAUCAGAGCAGCAGCGUGUCCAGCUCGCCGUCCCAGUUGGACAACACACCAGACAGAAUUGCUAUGCUGACCAACAGCAGGGAAGGAGAACUCAUUGAUCAAGAAACUGGGACCAACCUAAAAAAAAUACAAAAGGAGAAAGAAGAGGUCCAAAUUGCCAUUCCAAUAAUGAAACCAACCUUAGAUAAAGUCCAACUGGCUGGACAGGCCUUGCCUCCUGGAUUUCCGGCGCCAUUUCUUUUUGCUGAUGGUCUUUCAUCAGUAGAAACACUAUUAACCAACAUUCAGGGCCUGCUGAAGGUGGCUGUGGACAAUGCAAGAGUCCAGGAAAAGCAGAUACAGCAGGAAAAGAAAGAGUUAAAGAUGGAGCUUUGUAGAGAGAGAGAACUAAGAGAGAGCUUGGAAAGGCAACUCACAGCUGAGCUGCAAAGCAGAGCAACAAUUCAGAAACGCUUGAAGAAAGAAAAAAAGGCAAAGAGAAAAUUGCAGGAGGCUUUGGAAUUUGAAUCAAAGAGAAGAGAACAAGUGGAACAGGCGCUUAAACAGGCCACAUCAGGUGACGGUCUCAGGAUGUUAAAUGAUGCUGGAAUCCCAGAUAUGGAAAUAGAACACAACGGAACCCAACAUGACAGUGCAGCAAUGCAAGGUAUUCCAGAUACCUCCGUUGAGCUUCCCUUGAGAAAUAAAGGGAGCAGGAAGGAAAAAUUGAAACCCGUUUCAAAGUUUAAAGAAGUCAGUCCCUCACCCCGCAGCACCCUUGAUGACCACCUCUUACCCUAGUUUGAAAAAUAAUUUUUAAAAUCCAAUAAAAAUACCAAGAAUUAAAGAAACUGAUAUUACUGAUCCUUAGUGAUCCCAUUUUUGACAAAUCAACUCUUCCCUUGAAUGCACAUCCGGAUUCCUCCCCUCCUCUCUGCAGACAGAGUCCAUGUCACCAAAGGCAGCACCGUAAAUGUGCGCGCGUUUGUGGUCUCCGUCUUACUGUCUUUGUACAAAUAUCAAACGUGUAUCAGAAGACGGAGCCCACCCCCGGCGGCCACUUCAGUGGCAAGUUACAUACCUGAUUUCUGCUGACUUCCCUUGGUGUUACAGGGACUAAAGGACCGAGCGCGUCCGUAACUCCCUCGCGGUGUAGGCGGUCAGGCAAGAAGAUCCCUUUGUACGCGUGGCUGCCGAGCCCAGGCCCGCGCGGGGAGGAGACGUGCGGGCCUGAGGUGCCCGGGACACGUCACGCUGUGGCAGAAUUUCAGUCUUUUGGACUGCCUGUAAAGACUAUUGGUAUGAUUUUUGGAGGGCAGGCAUGCUGACCCGCGGAUUCUGCCAGUGGGUAUCUUUUUUAGAAGUACAACUUCUUAGUAUAGGCUAGAGCAGCUACAGCCUGCCAUGGGAAGAAGUCAUGUGCAACUUCCUAAUAGCCAAAAGGAGAAAAGCAAAAAAAAAAAAUAGAACCAAACAAAACCCACAGUGUUCAAUAUUUGUAUUUCUGCUUACGCCCUCCCCAGGCUUUAGUAUUUGCCCCGCUAAGUUGAAGACAAUAAUUUUAAUCGGCCAAAGGCCUGAAACUAAUUUUAGUCACUUCUUCAGAGGUUCCCAUGCUCCCAGACGUUCCUCCGGAGAUGUUAUGUCCCUGGCUCUUCCGAUCUUUAUUCUUGUUUACAUCCAAAAUACAUACUAAAUCAUCUCUGUUUGGAGAGUCUGAGCCUCCUUAAAACCAUGAAACAUUCAAUUACUAAUUAGCUGUUUCCUGUUUCUAAUGAAGUGAACAUGUCGGAUUUGGAUUAAAAUUCAGCUACUGCUCUCCUCUGUUUAUGGUUCCAGAUGUUUUUGUUUUAUCUAGGAGGUUACUUUGACAGCUACUGCUAAAUGAUAAAUCACUCAUAUUAUAGCUGAAAUGCAUUUUGAAAUUGAAAUGUGGCAAACUUUGAGAUUGCUCCAAGGAUCAGUGUCAGUUAGCAGGUCAAUACUUGUUCUUUCCUUAUGAGCGUUCGGUAUUGGCAUAUGUAAAACAGUAAUGGGAUAGAUGUCAACAUUAUACAAAACGCUUCUCAAUAUUAUCAUUUUGCUAUCAUCUUCAAGAUCAGUACUUGUGGGUUUAGCUGGGUGGAUUCAUGAUUCAUUGUAUAAUGAACAAGAAUAUGGAUUCUUGUUAGCUUUAGUUUCUGUGGGUGUUUUAAUAUUUAUUUUUCCUCUGGGCUUAAAGGAGUUGCUUAAUGAGAAAAAUCACAGUUCAUAGGUACUAUACCUAGGAAUAUUUUUAUGACGGAAAUAAGUGGCUUUCUACUUGCUUCCCUAAAUAAAGAAAAACAAUUUUUAAAAAAAUGUGGCGGUUUCUGAAUGAAAGAGCAGUUUUCCAAGAACAGAUAUUGAUUUACUUCUAUUACAUUCUUUAAUGCAAUGCAAUUUUGUUUUAACACACUGUUCCCUAGAAGGUUUUGUGCAUGUAAUAACGGUAUGUUGUAAAGCUCAUGCCAUGUUACUCCGUCUGUCUUACGGAGGCAUGCAAUACAACACAGGCUGCCUUCUGGAAAAAAAAAAGGAAAAUGAGUGUUCAAUUAGAAAGCAAAUGCAGUAAAGGAAGAAAAUCCAAAUGAAAGUAUUUAUAGCCUCUACUCAGCAGAUGCUGGCUGGCAAGCACCAUUGGAAAGGCGGCUGGUGGGUUUUUAGCCCAGCGGAGCGCCCCGACCUGUCCCACCGGGUUAGAAGGCGGUGAGCGCGCUGCGCCCCGCUCGUGUCUCUGCGUAACGGUCCCCUCUCGAGGGCGUCGGCAUCCCGGGCCGCCGCCGGUGCACACCAGCCACGUGGUGGGUGGCUGAUAUCGCUUGCACCUCUGAUAACUCGGCCCGAGAAAAACAAAGUCCACAAACAAAUACGGAAACCCACCUAAGUUUCAGUUAAUUAUAAAUCGUGUAACUGUGUAAUUGACCUUUUUUCUUCUCCUUUUUCUUCCUCCAGAAAACAGAACAUACAUCAAACCUACUAUUAUGUACUGAAGAAAACGCCUAUUGUUGAAAAAUGUAUAAUGACCACUAUUUGAAGACUAUAUAGUUCAUGAAAAAUGUCCCUUCCAACCUUUGAUGCCUUCAGUACUGUGUGAAGAA